GCUUGGAUAGGCUUAAUAUCGAGCUUUCCACUUGGAAAACCAAACCGUCGCGCUCACCUGACAGGGUCACAGGAGGAGGAAGACUCUCACUAAACACCGGGGCCCGAAACUACAACUUAACCUACACGGUCUACUGCGUUUGGAGGAUCGCAUGACCACCGGUAUCAUGACCGGCGACGUGCCGCUGAUAUCAUCGUAGGAGCUCAUGUCACAAACAGGAGCCUGAGUCUUGCACUUGUUACUAUCGAUAUCAUGUCCAACCAGCAAACGCGUAUCACAGAUGCCGAGUUCGACGUCCAGUCCGCGUCCAGCCUGGAGCACGCACCUCGCCCGCCGUCGUUCGCCAGCAAAGAGGAGGAGCGCGAGUGGGUCAAGUUUAGGCUUGCGCAGUCGUUUAGGCUGUUUGCGAAAUGGGGGUAUGACGAGGGCCUUGCGGGGCAUAUCACUGUGAGGGACCCAAUCAAGCCCGAGUGCUUCUGGGUGAACCCCUGGGGCCCGCACUUCGCGACCAUCCAGCCGUCCGAUCUCCUGCUCGUCGACCACCACGGUAGCGUGCUCGCCGCCGAGUCGGGGCCGAACCACUUCCUGAACAAGGCCGCAUAUCUCAUCCACGCCGCGAUUCACGCCGCGCGGCCCGAUGCGCUGUGCGCGGCGCACUCGCACAGCAUACACGGCAAGGCGUACGGUACGCUGGGGCUGCCGCUCGAUCCGAUUACGCAGGAUAGUUUGGCGUUUUUUGAGGAUCAUGUGGUGUUCAAGCAAUAUGAAGGUGUCGUGGGUGCAGAGAAGGAGGCGGCGAGCAUCGCCCAGGCCCUCGGUGGCAACAAGGCUGCCAUCCUCCAGAACCACGGGAUCGUAACCGUCGGGCGCUCGAUCGAGUCCGCUGUGCACUUCUUCCACUCCAUGGAGCGCUCAUGCAGGGUGCAGAUGCUCGCGGACGCGGCAGCCGCGGCGCGAGGAGUGUCGACGCAGAAGAUACCGGCGACGGAGGCGCGGUCGUCCGCGGCGCUCGUGGGCUCGGAGCGCGCGGGCUGGCUUAACGGGUACGUCGAGUUUGGUAGGUUUGAGGCGGAGGAGGGGGUGAAGUUUAAAGGCGGAAAGUGAGGUGGUGGUUAUGUUUUGGAAGAUUAUGCAUAUCAAAAUAGAGUGUAAGAGUACUUAUGCAGUUGGUCUUGUGUUGCUCACAAUCUGGUUUAUCAUAAGUGCAUUGGCU